AUGCCCUCUCAUGGGGCUAUAUCAGAUGCUUUUUCUUUGCGUCUUAAGCGAAAGAUGGCUAAGUGGAGUCCUCCCCCUUUUCCUUCUUUCAAACUUCAGUUUGAUGGGGCCUCUAAGGGCAAUCCGGGGAAGUUUGGGAUUGGGGUAAUUAUCUUUGACCACUCUUCAAAAAUUAUCAAGGCAAUUGGUAAAUAUAUUGGCUAUGGCACUAACAACAUGGUUGAAUUUCAAGCUCUAUCAUUUGGACUUGAUUUGGCUCAUUCUCUAAAUAUCAAGGAUAUUGUUAUUGAAGGUGAUUCAAUGCUUGUCUGUCAGGCGGUUGCUGCCAAAAAGUGUUUCUCUUGGCAUUUGCAAUACCUUUUGGAGCACAUUCUUCUCCAACUUAAUGGCUUUUCCACUUUCUCGAUUUCACACAGCUUCAGAGAGAUUAAUGUGUUUGCUGAUUUUCUUGCAAAUAAUGUUGUUACUGAAGGUGCGGAUUGCAUAGAACUUGCACCCUCAGACUUUCCUAUCUCCUGCAUGAAAAUUCUAUCUUAA